GUGUGUUGGCUGCUUUGCUCACGACGUUUGCUCUUGUGAUGACAUGGCGAUUCCAAGCCACAUCCUACCUGAACCCGAUCGACUGGCUCAAUAGCAGCGGGAAGGACCGCCACCCCAUGACCUUUCCUAUGGUGGCAUUCGGCACCGGUUUUUUGGGAGCGAUGUUGGGUCUUGGUGGUGGCAUCUUGCUAAGUCCAGUCUUGAUUGAGGUGGGAAUGCACAGCGAGGCUGUCCAGGUGCCGAGGGGAAGUGCUUGGUUGUCAAGCUCCCUUGCAACUAUCCAGUACUUCAUGAUGGGCCAGUCGCUGGGACUGAUUGUGUGGCACUAUGCGUUGUGGUACGGCAUUGUGGCCAUUGGUGCCACAUACCUGGGUCAAACAGCCUGCGAGGUGUUCAUCCGCAAACGCAGGCGCUACUCGUUCAUUACGCUCUCCGUGAGCACCGUUCUGGGAUUGUCGCUCUUUUGCCUGUGCGUGGUUGGGACAAAAACGGCAGCUCGACAGCAUAAGUGCGGUUAA